AUGGAAACCAGCUCCAAACAGAGUCAGUCUCGCCUGGACUGUCUGGAGGUUGUGGCCAGAGUGGACCUCACCCUGCCCACAGGGCAGCAGCGAUUUUUGCAAGUGCUGGUUGGUGUUGGUCCCGUCUUCAGCUUCUUCGCUGCGUACAUCUGGGCCUUUCACCGGGAAGAAACCAAUUUAGCUGAACUCCUGGCACCGCUGGCCUACAUCUCCAACGGUAUUGCCGUGGGCAUCAUGACAGUCUUUGUCCGGGUCGAAGAACAGGAGAAUGGUGCCAUGCUGCCGCGUGCUUUCAAGAGUGUGCUUUUCCUGGAUGUUUUUGGCUGGGUCUCGCAAAAAGGCUCGGUUGACCUCAGUCAAAUUGAUUCACAUGGUGCACUUCAUUCAGAUCAUUCAGCAGUUUGA